AAAAAACUUCUUCUGGGCUGGCUUCCAAGUGCUGAGCUACAAAGCUUAUGGAGGUGUGGCCCACAGAAGAGGCCGUGAUACCCCGCCCCAGCUGCCUACUCAUAUUUAGUCUCUUAGCUUCAUCUUCCAGACACUGACAGCAGCCGGACGCAUCAAGGGACGGUGGAAAGGAGCCAAAGUACAACAUGGGGUUCCACUUUCUGUUCCAAGCUUGUGUCCUUCUGGGGGCACUCAUGUUCUCCUCAAAAGGUGCCUUGGCCUUGGAGUGCCACAGCUGCGUGGACAUCGGUGAUGGCGGCUGCAGCCCAGAGAAUAUGAAGAAAAUGAAAUGCUUAGAGACCACCAAGGUGUGCGUGGAAACAGUGGCUGCCGUGCAGUGGAGUCAUGGGAAUUUCUUGAUUGGCGAGAAGGGCUGCGGUCUGGGCAUUCCUGGGCAAAACGACAAAGCGGUGGAUCUCCACGGCAUCGUUGCCUUCUCCCAGCUCUAUCAGUGCAACAGCAGCCGCUGCAACAAUAAACUGGACCUCACAGCUCUGCAGCUGCAAGGCAUUGGGAACGAGAGCGCCAUGGUUCCGAAUGGGGUGGAAUGUUACAGCUGCAACGGCGACGAGUGUUCAACGGACAAUGCUACCAUCGUCAAGUGCUACAAUUCUUUCCGGGGCUGUUUCCAUGGCAACAUCACUAUGAGAGCCGGCAAGUUUUCAUUGACCAGGCCCAUCAAGGGUUGUGUUCAGGAUGAAGAGUGCACCAAGGUCACAAGAGGAAGUCCAGCCAUCACGCUCAUGGGUUCCUGUUGCUCUGGCAACCUCUGCAACGUCGACCUUUCCAACAAAACUCACUUUGCUCCCAAGAUUCCACGCCUUGCGGUCCUGCCCGAUCAAAGCAGCAACGUCACCACUGAAGAAGCUACCCCAGGAUACACUCUGGACAGUUUGCCAGCUCCUAGUGAUGCCAACAAAGGAACCCUCUCCGUCACUGGGACCUCAACACCGGUCAAUCCCAACAACCAUAACCACGACCACGACCAUGACCACGAGCAUGACCACGACCACGACCAUGACGUCAAUGAUGAAGCAGACUUCUCAGGCAGAAAUGGGUAUUUUAUCAAUGCUGUAAAAGUCGAGGAGCGUAAGCACCAAGAUCAGGUGCCAUAUAGUGGAACUGGUGUGAAUGGCUUAGGGGCAUCGCUUUUGCUGAUCUUGCUACUAACUGGGUUGUUUAUGUAA